UGUACGAUAUGGUUUAUUUGCAAUAAAUCUCUAAAAUUUAAAGCGAUUGGCAGCACUGUUUUUCUGUAUGUUAACAGAAAACAACGAAAAAAAAAAUCACUAUUUUGAUUUUGAAAAUCGUAUGGUUGUCUCCAUUUCCGUCGUGUGAAAGGUCAAAUUCUCAAAAUGUCUGGACGUGCUGCUGGUGGUAAAAAGAAGACCGUGAGAGCCCCUAAGAAGGACGUUAAGGAUGUGGACCAAAACGAACAUGAGCAGGUGAAUAAGGAGAAACAGACGGAACAGGCCAAGCCGACCACUAGUGCUAAACCUAAAUCCUCUCCAAAAGGCGGUAAGAAGUCCGGAAAGAAGUAAAGCGUUGCCAAAUGAGUUUUUUAUAUAUAUAUUUUUUAUAUAUAUAAUGGUUACACAUCAAUAGAGAAACGAAUUAUGCAUUUGCAAUAAACCAAAUAAGUACAAAUUAA